AUGUACUCUGGCCAAAGUUUCUCCCAAAACUCCCUUCCUUCAGCUCCCGAUCCUCAGGACCAAGUAAAUCAGCAAGACGAUGGGAAAGGCAGAGGCAAUGACCAGGACCCCAAUCUCAGAUCAACAAUACUGAAGAUGAUGGAGGCGGCCGCAACUACGUUUGCAUCAAUUGCUGUUCUAGGUAUUGCUGGUUUCUCAUACCAUAAGUACUACAAGUAUCUCAUUCUGCAGAAGAUGGAGAACGCAUUUGAGCCAGGCGACCCUGCUCUCGAGGUUGCUGGGGUGGAUACGAAACACCAGUAUCACCAUGAGGAGCAUUGGAUGGUCCGAGACGAGCAACCGAGAAUUGACCAGAUUAUCAAGGGCCAAAUUCCGGGCCACUAUUUCUUGCUGAUCGGUGAGAAAGGCACCGGGAAGACAUCCAUGCUUCUGGAGGCAAUGCGCAAGAUCAACGGAGACGGGUGCGCAAUCUUCGAUGCUCAUGGUGAUCAAGAGAUUUUCCGGAUUCGACUUGGAAAAGCACUAGACUUUGAAUUCCACGAGGACUAUAUCGGCAGUCUUUUCAGCAUCAAAGGACCUAGGGACACCACCGCUCUCUUGGACAUAGAGCGUGCCUUCAACAAGCUGGAAAAGGUGGCAAUGAAAAGGAGGAAUAGGGGUAAAGCUCCGCUUGUAUUGAUCAUCAACAGCACACACAUGGUCAGAGACGAUUCCGAAGGCCAAGACCUCCUCGAAAUGAUCCAACAAAGAGCCGAACAGUGGGCAGCCAGUAACCUUGUUACGACGGUCUUCAACAGCGAUGACUACUGGGUCUAUGAGAGGCUGAAGCGAUACGCAACUAGGAUGGAAACUAUUCCUGUGGUCGAUCUCCCUAAAGGAAAGGCCAUGGCCGCAUUGAGGAAAUACCGCAAAGACUCUUUCAACGAGCACCUAUCCGAUGAAGUCCUUAAAGAAGUAUACGACAAGGUUGGAGGUCGCCUAUCUUACCUUAGUAGAGUCGCAAAGGCUCCAGAUUUCAUGAAGCUGUGCGACAGUAUCUGCGAAGCUGAAAAGACAUGGUUUCUCAACAAAUGCUGGAUUCUUGGCGAAGAGAUGGAUGACGAUGUCAUGGACCAGCAGAAGUAUGCUUCGGCAGCUAUGGUAAUGGCCAAGGCGUUGGUAGACAAAGAGAAAUCAAUGGAGAAGACCUAUGAUGACGAGCACGGGCACAUACUACCGGAAAUACCACUCCACGAGGCACGACAGAUUAUGACUCGGGCCGACUUUAUCCAAAGCUACGAUCACGAAAAUGUCUUCACCAUCAACUCGCGUGCGAUGGUUCGAGCCGACUCUGUACCUAUGCAGCUUGCGUUCCGCGAUGUCUGCAAACAGCCAGGAUUUGAGGAGCACUUGGAAGCUACCCUUGAUCGUAUCAGUGCUAUCGAGAGCUUGGGACGUACUCGAGAAUUAACCAUCAAGGAUCUCUGGGAUCAAGGGAAGUACCAGAUAGCGAUGCGGGAUACCAAGGGUCGAGAGCAGGGGACUUUGGAAUUCUUCACUAAACCAGUGGAGAAGGAGGACGACUGA